AUCAUAGAGCCCUUCGAUUGUUGCAACGUCAACAGCGCAGCGCCAUUCUCACUAUAAAUAUACUUACCUAGCCGUCAGCUCCUCAGACAGGUUACAUUCGAUCAGUGUUUACUACUAAACAGGAUCUAAUAAGGUUAAAUAUGAAGAGCUUAAUCGUAUUGACACUAUUCAGUAUUGUGGCGAUAGCGUGGACGAAGCCAGCCACCUACACCGAUAAAUGGGAUCAUAUCAACGUUGAGGAGAUUCUGGAAUCGGAUCGUCUUUUAAGAGGUUAUGCUGAUUGUCUCAUGGAUAAAGGCCGCUGCACAUCUGAUGCCAAAGCCCUUAAGGAGACACUACCUGAUGCAUUAGAACACGAUUGCUCAAAAUGUACCGCAAAGCAAAAGACAUCUGCUGACAAAGUUCUCAAACAUAUGAUCAACAAACGACCCAAAAUAUGGGACGAACUCGCAACCAAGUACGACCCUAAGCACAUUUACCAAGUCAAAUACAAGGACAGGAUCGAUGCUGCUAAAGGGAAGGCUUAAUUCUUUUUCUGAAGAGUCAGUCGGAUGAUCGGGAGAGUUGAGUGAAUCUGUUCGUAAUAUCACCUUUUGCUAUCAAAGCAGUUUUUAAUUUUGUCAAUGUUUUAACGAUUAAUAAAUUGGUCAUGUUUAAA